AUGGCUGAAAGACUGAAGGAGAAUCUCCGCUGUCUGACCUGUUUGGACACCUUCAAAGAUCCAAUCAUUCUGCCGUGCAAUCACAGCUUCUGCUGCGUGUGUCUGCAGCAGUGGAGGCGCAAAGGAGAGCGAGCAUGUCAAGUCUGUAAGACAACGUUUCGUCGGUCGUUAGAGAACUUUUUGGACUUUUCGCAAACUUGUGUCAAGUCAGAGGACAUCUGCAGCUUGCACAAUGAGGAACUCAAACUCUUCUGCUUGGACCACAAGGAACUUGUGUGCCUCUUCUGCAGAGAAGCAGAAAUCCACAUUGGCCACAAGAUUGAGCCCCUCGAAGAAGUUGCAAAAAGUCACAAAGAGGAACUUGAGAAAGGCCUUCAGAACGCUGACAAAAGACUCAAUGCUUAUAAUGACUGUAGAAAGAACUGCCUUGAACAAGCAGUGUACAUCAAAGUCCAGAGUGAGAAGAUUGUACGCAAGAUAAAGAAGGAUUUUGAGGAGCUUCGACACUUCCUUGACAUUGAGGAGGACGCCAGGUUAGCUGCUGUCCGGGAGGAAGAGAGGAAGAAGAGUCAGUCCAUGAAGGAGACGAUUGCAGCUCUUGGCAAAGAAAUGGCCACUCUCUCAGACUUGAUCAGAAGCACAGAGGAGCAACUGGCAUCUGACAACGUUUCCUUCUUGAAAAACUUCCAGAUUGCAAUGAGCAGAAUCCAAGAGCUGCCUGACAAGCCAAGGCUGCCCAGAGGAGCUCUGUUGGACGAAGCCAAACACGUGGGUAACCUCAAGUUCAACAUAUGGGAGCGGAUGAAGGAGACACUCUCCUACAGUCCCGUCAUUCUGGACCCCAACACAGCCCAUCCAAAUCUCAGUCUCUCUGAAGAUCUGACCAGUCUGACUUUGAAAGAACCACAGCAUUGUCCAAACAAUCCAGAGAGGUCUCCGUUGCCCAGCGUGCUUGGUUGUGCUUUGGUCUCAGGAAGACAAGUGUGGGACGUAGAGGUGGAAGACAACAACGACUGGAACGUGGGGAUCAUUAAAUGCAUCAACCUGCUGUUUACCAAGAAUCCUGACAAGGAGUACCACAAGUACAGUUUGGUUGAGGUGGAGGACAUGAUCGUCAGACUUUUCAACGUGUCAGGAAAUGUUAUCUCAAGUCAUGACAAGUCAUGUCCAGGGCAGAUAUAA